UCGGAAGAAUUCUUUCUUUCUUUUUCUUUUUUCUUUCUUUCUUUCUUCUUUUUCUUUUCUUUUCUUUUGUUUUUUUCCUUUUGGCAAAAUAUGAUGACCAUCUGCCUAACUGUACUGACAAUGAUCCUAUUAUUUUAGAAGUCUAUUACCAACCAAAAAAACCACCUCCGAGACUUCGUUUAAAAGCUUAGGAUUGAUCGAAUGCAUCUUAGAUCCCAACAAUAUCAAAUUAAAAUAGAAUCUCCAAAAAUAAUAUAAUAUUCUUAGAAAUUGUUCAUAAAAUCUCCUCCUUACUUUCAUACCCUCACAUUGAAUAUCCGAAUAUACUGCUAUGAGCAAUCUACCUCUUGAGAAGCUCUUAUCCUCUCAUCACUCCCCUUUUACUUCUUUUCCUACACUGUUUUGUUUUUUGUUAUGAGACUUUUUGAAGCAUAGUUACACAGAAGUGUGUGCGUGCGUGGACUCUCUUUGAUUUUUCCCCCCUCCCUUUUGGUCGUGAUUACGACUCACUUUGUUCAUGAAUAGAUCAUUUAUCAGAAACACACAAACUUUUAGGGAAAGCAAAUGAAAGUGAAGGAAAAGGUCAUUAUGGUUGAAGUGUAAUGUUAACUAAUUAUCAUUCAUUCCUGUUUUAAAUAAGAAAUUGGGGGUCAGUAUCAAAGAAAAAUUUGAGAGGAAUACUUCAAACAGAGAUUUUAAGAGGGGGAAACAAAUGUCUUUAGAGCUUCAGAGGGUAGUGGUGAUACAAGAUGCUUCAGAAGACGUGAGCACCUGUGCAAUAAAAAAGGUUCUGAAACAGCUUUCUCUAAAACCUGGAGAUGCGCUCACAAUUCUUGCUAUAUUUGGGAACAAAAUCGUCAAGAUGGAUUCAAGAUCAUUUGUUGCAACAGAUCUGAAAAUUCUUCAAAAGGAACUUUGCAAGACAAAAGAAGAAUAUCGUAAGAGACCAAGAGUCAUGAAACUUUCUGAGUAUUGUGAAGCAAAAAAUAUAGUAUUCCAGAUAGGAGUGCUUGCAUACCCUUCUCCAGAGGUUACUUGUAAAGCUGUCGAUAAAUUUAGGGCAACAUGCUUGAUACUUGAUAGACACAUGAACAAAGAUAAGAGGCACUUCAUGGACAAUCUCGCCUGUGGCAUUUAUAGGAUAAGGAAUCGGUAUAGCAUUCAAAUGCUAAAAAAGCCAAAACUAACAGAGAACAUAAAAUCAUUUGCUGAGAGCUCAAAUUAUGUAGGAAACAUGGAAAUGAUCCCAGGAAGCUCAGAGGAACCAUCUUCUCAUAAGAGAACCAUAUCAUCAAGUGAGCAUCCCAUGGAAACUGGAGUUUCAAGUCUUCAAAUUUCCAAAGCCCUGAUUUCCAGUCAUUCUCUGAAGUCCCAAGAGGAGCAAAAUUUUCCGAAGACUAAACACCAAACAUCAGGGAAACAUUCAAUAUUUGACAAUUCUGAGAGUACAGAGAUAGGCCAAACAGAAGCACCUCAACUUGAGAUGAAAGAGGAGUUUGCAAACCCAGUUUGUUCAGUGUGCAAGAACAAAAGACCAAAAGCAGGAUGGUCAAAAGACUUCAGUUGCUCUGAGCUUUACAAAGCCACAAAAGGAUUUUCCCAGAAGAAUUUUCUAUCAGAAGGUGGAUUUGGAUCAGUAUACAAAGGGCAGUUAGAUGGAAUGAAAAUUGCUGUUAAGCAACACAAAUAUGCUAGCCUUCAAGGGGAGAAGGAGUUUAAGUCAGAGGUGAAUCUAUUAAGCAAAGCAAGACAUGAGAAUGUAGUCAAGAUCUUGGGAUCAUGUUCUGGAGGAAACAAAAGGCUUCUUGUUUAUGAAUAUGUAUGCAAUGGUUCACUGGAUCAGCACCUAUCUCAACACUGUCGAGCUCCGCUAAGAUGGGAAGAUAGGAUUAAAGUAGCAAUCGGAUCUGCAAAAGGACUGCUAUACUUGCAUAAGAAUAAUAUCAUACACAGAGAUAUGAGGACCAACAAUAUCCUCUUAACACAUGAUCAUCAAGCAUUGCUGGGAGACUUUGGUUUGGCUAGAAGUCAACAUCAAGACUCAAUCCAUUCGACAGAGGUUGUUGGGACUUUAGGAUAUUUGGCUCCAGAAUAUGCAGAAUAUGGCAAAGUGUCAACUAAGAUAGAUGUUUACUCUUUUGGAGUAAUCCUAUUGCAGUUAAUAACUGGAAUGAGGACUACAGACCAAAGACUUGAAGGCCGAAGUCUUGUGGGAUGGGCAAGACCACUGUUAAGAGAGAGGAAUUAUCCAGAUCUAAUCGACGAAAGGAUCAUGAAUUCUCAUGAUUUCCAUCAACUAUUCUGGAUGGUUCGAAUUGCAGAGAAAUGUCUAAGCAGGGACCCUCACAAGAGAUUAAACAUGGCUGAGGUAGGUCUUCAUUAUUCGUUAAACCACUGUAUCAGAAGAAUGAAAUGCAGAUUAGUGCCAAAGGUGGUCACUGCUUUAACUCUCAUAGCGGAGGGCAAGAUAUGUGGGAUCACAGGAAGAGAUUACUUCCCUGUGAGAUCAGAUUCAUUCUACAGCAUAUCAGGCGCAAGUGAGGAAUCAUCAGAAGAAGAAACAGUGAAUAAUGUGGAAGAUGCGUUAGAAAGUGCAAUUACAGAUUCCAGAAGCAACAUGAGCCAGAUGAUUGUGAUAUCAAGAAUCCCUACUCCUCCUCCAUCUCCUCCUCAAAUGGAUGCCACUUCCCUUAGCAGGUCAAGCAAGCACAGUGGAAGUCCAGGAUGA